AUGGUCUCACAACCCAUUGGCAAAGACUGGAAUCCAAUAGGAGUUGUACAAGAAAUGUGCAAGCCAUCAGUCGUAACUCAGGGCGGCCGUUCUAUAAGACCGAUGAGCAAAGAGGAUGUUCUUGCUGGAAAAUUAGCCCUUGACGCAGACUAG